GCAGCCCUAUAAAUGGGCCGGUAGACACAAGAAUCGAGGACUUGCUGCUGCCAGCGCCCCGCAGCCGCAGCCGCAGCCCCCAGCCCUGGCUUCAGGCGUCCCGGCCAUGGCCCGCGUGCUCUUACUCAGUCUGGUCCUAUUUGCCAUCCUCCUGCAGGCGCUGGCCGCCUGCCCCCAGAACUGCCACUGCCAUGGCGACCUGCAGCAUGUCAUCUGUGACAAGGUGGGGUUGCAGAAGAUCCCCAAGGUGUCAGAGACAACCAAACUGCUCAACCUCCAGCGCAACAACUUCCCAGUGCUGGCUGCCAACUCUUUUCGGACCAUGCCGAACCUGGUCUCCCUGCACUUGCAACACUGCAACAUCCGAGAGGUGGCGGCUGGUGCCUUCCGAGGCCUGAAGCAGCUCAUCUACCUGUACCUGUCCCACAAUGACAUCCGGGUGCUGCGAGCCGGAGCCUUCGACGACCUGACUGAACUCACUUACCUCUAUCUAGACCACAACAAAGUGUCGGAGCUGCCCAGGGGGCUGCUCUCCCCUCUGGUCAACCUCUUCAUCUUACAGCUCAACAACAAUAAAAUCCGAGAGCUGCGGGCUGGAGCCUUCCAGGGUGCCAAGGACCUGCGCUGGCUCUACCUGUCGGAAAAUGCCCUCAGUUCCCUGCAGCCUGGUGCCCUGGAUGAUGUGGAGAACCUCGCCAAGUUCCACCUGGACAAGAACCAGCUUUCCAGCUACCCCUCCGCUGCCAUGAGCAAACUUCGGGUGGUGGAGGAGCUGAAGCUAUCCCACAACCCCCUGAAGAGCAUUCCAGACAAUGCCUUCCAGUCCUUCGGCAGAUACCUGGAGACACUCUGGCUAGACAACACCAACCUGGAGAAGUUCUCAGAUGGCGCCUUCCUGGGUGUGACCACAUUGAAACACGUCCACCUGGAGAACAAUCGCCUGAACCAAUUGCCCUCCACCUUCCCCUUUGACAACCUGGAAACCCUCACUCUCACCAACAACCCAUGGAAAUGCACCUGCCAGCUCCGCGGCCUUCGGCGGUGGUUAGAAGCCAAGACUUCUCGACCAGAUGCUACCUGCUCCUCCCCUGCCAAGUUCAAGGGUCAGCGUAUCCGUGACACAGAUGCCCUCCGCAGCUGCAAAUCCCCCACCAAGAGGUCCAAGAAAGCUGGCCGACACUAA